UUCCACCUUAUCUUCUGAGAUAUGUGAGGAUGAAGUACAAGACAGCGGUGGUGGUUUUCAACUCCAUCCUCUAUCCCUCCGAAAAGAAGCAGAAGCGGAAGACCAAAAUUCAUCUCGCCAAGUUCAUCAAACCUGAGGUAGACCGGAAGCUGCUGGAGGAGGCCAACAGCAUAGUGUCGAUUGUGUGUGGCACCGAUAAGAUUGCUUGGGCGCAUCUGUCUCGUGGGCUUUCCGUUCUGGACUGGCAGCAGGAGAGCUGCCAGAGCUUCAUGAAAGGAGGAUACCUCGCUUCAGCAUACUUGGAUGAUAUUUCCUCAGUGGUGUCGCGCAUCCCUGCAGCAGAUUUGUUUGUGGUGGAGAAGGCUGGGCUUUCUUUGCAGCACACGUCCCUGUACCCGGUGAUGGUGCACCUGCGGACUGUGGAGGCAAUGCUGUUCGCGCUGCUGGGACCGCGGCGAGAGCCGGAGGAUCCGCCCAAGGUGCUCAACAUGAUGCGCACGGCGGUGGGUCGACACUUUGGGCUGAUGGUGGGCGAGACGCGGACCAGCGGGGUGCAGACGGUGCGGCAGAUGAUGACGGACUCGGCGACGCAGAAGACCCCCCGCGUCUCCUUUCCCCACAACCUGCUGGUGCGCUACAGGAACGCCUUCCAGCUGGGGGCGCGCAAUCGCGGGGAGGAGCUGUGCGACUCGCUGCUGCAGGCGGUCGCCUUCUACGAGCUGCUCAGCGAGUGAGUGAGUGAGUGCGUGAGUGAGUGAGUGAGUGAGUCAGCUGGACUGGUGCCCUUCAGUGCUGCUUCCUUACCAGCCACUGGUGCAGGUGCACUCUGAACUUGUGGGGUCAUAAGGCCUGUGAAGCCAACGAUCCUUCUGAAGCUGUGUUAGUAUGUUGUCUGGAAAACAGGUUUUAAAUAUACAGAUUUACACAUUUUCCACCCAUUCGGGUGGCAGUGUUGGAUGACAAUACAUCUGCCUUGUUUCCAUCAGCUGUGGUAAACUCAGGACUGAUAGCCCCAGCAGACACAGAUGGCUUAAGAAAUAAACCAAAACAAAACUGCAUGGAGACUCCCAAGUGGAUCAGUUGGCAAGACACUUGUCUUGAGUGAAGGCUGAGCCCUAUGGCCCAGGUUCAAUCCCAGUCAUGUCAUUAUCUGACAAUGACUGCGUGCCCACAGUGGCGUUACACACUUGGUUCACCCUGGCGCUUGUACAAGAGCACUGAAACAGGACUGAUUCAAUUCCUCAAUAUACCUUGCAUGCAACCAUUGGCUAUUUUUCAUACAAGUCAUGUGGUGGAAUACAAUGGAGUGGACAAUCAUUGAAAGAUAGGCGCUACUCCUCUGACAGGCACCUGGUAAUUCACAUGGUGAUUAAGAGCGGUAAGAUGAGGAAAUCCUGGGUGACCUACCAAUUCCUUUCCCUGGCAGAAUGAAGCUACUGUGGGAGCCCUGUCAUUGUCAGCAAAUGACAUGGCCACUUUUGAAUCCAGGGAUCAGUCUGUGGUCAAAGCAAAUGCUGAGCCACCUGGGUCAACCCAUUUUCUUUCCCACCUCUCCAGGUAGCUAGCAAUCAGUGUAACUGCUAGCUGGCCAACCAGAAAAAACUAGCAUCUGGUCAUUUGUGCCAGGUUACUUCCUCCUUUGUCAGUUCAGUUAAUACCUACAUCUGCCAAACAGCGUAACCAUACUCCAGCCACAAGUGCUAGGUAAUCAUCUGUAUCCACAGCAACUUGCUUACCUCACCUAUUUCUGGCCACAAGUGGAAGUAGCCUUUUUAUCAUGGCCACUGUCCAGCUGUAGUUGAAUGUGGCUGAUAGAAACAAAUCAUUAGAGCCAAGACCACAGCAAGUCAGCGCAGCAGUUUCCCUUUAUGGAUUCGAGCCCCAUUUUCUCUGUCCCUUUUCUUAAUGUUCACUCCACACGAUGACCCUUGGUUAUUUUGACCAGAGAGGAAUGGUGUACCAAAUACAUUCUGUAUCCACAACUUCUUUUUUCUGGUUGUUUUCCCUUGUUUGAACACUUCCCACAUUUGUCUGUCGGCCUAACUGCCCUCUGUCACCAUACAGUUGACUCCAUGGCAAUGUAGUGAGGGAAAUAA